AAAUGUGCGCAGAAAGAUGCGCAGUUGUCGUUUCUUCAAUCAAUGAUGGAGGCGAAUGUUUUGAUGAAGUAAAGGGACUAGACUAUGAUCGCUUUGUGGCAAAAAUAUAGAUACAGCAUUAACCAAUGUUGUGUUAUUUGCAAUAACAUAACUGAGGCAAAUUUAAUGAAAUGAAAAAGGAUAGGGCUUGUUAGCUAGCAUCAUUUUCCGCGGGGGCCUAGCUAACAUUAGCGUUGAGAUAGCUCUUGAUUUUAAACCUGCGCUGUUUUACAUUAAACUACAGCUCAACCUGGUUAUUUAAUGACCUGCUAUAUUGAUAAACGAGUAUCCUACCUUUAAUUGAAGUAAUCUCGUCAGAAAGUGAGUACGGCUUCUUAAUAUCAAAUCAAGGGGAAGUUGCAAUCCAUGUCCACGAUCACUGCAGAUCAGUAAUCUAUAACAUCAUUAUCAAAACAUUAUCAAAACAUGGCUUUAGUCGCAUAUGGCAGCAGUGAUGACAGUGAUUCAGAGGAAACCUCUGAGAGCAAAGGUGGGCUCUUCUCUGUCCUGCCUGCUCCUAAAAAGACAAGCUCUGUGAGAGGAAACUAUGGACAAAGCAGAGAGACGAAAGCGAAGUCCUCUGUGGAGGAGAAAACUUCAAACGAUGAGCUAGAUCCUCAGCCAUCUAGAGGAGGGUUAUUCACCAGUCUGCCUAAGCCGAGGAAGAGAACAGAGCCCGUCAAGAUCACUGUACCACAGAUCCAGAGACGGGAUUCGGACUCAGAUGAUGAUGAACCUGCAAAGAAAAAACUUCAACCCCAGGGUGGAGGUUCAGGCCUGUCCUCACUGCUACCACAACCUAAAAACCUGACAGUGAAGGAGACCGAUAGACUCUUGAUUCCUCACACUCUCACCAAGCGGCAAGAACCCAAAGUAACCAAGCCUGGAAUGCCGGCCCAGGGUGGGCUUGGCUCUAGUGCGUCCCCCUCCGCAAUCAAAGCUGCAGCGAAGUCAGCCGCUCUGCAGCUGGCUCGACAAAUAGCCACAGACGAGCAGGAUAAUGAGGAGGACAUAACCCCACAGAACUACUUUUCUCUGGGAGAGAGCACCCCGGUCAUCCCUGCAGUUGCCCCAAGCUUAGACCCUGAGCCACGAGAGCCCGAAGAACCUCUUCCUUGUGCUCCUGACGAUGAACCCGGUCAGUCAGAUGCUCCUCUCGACUUUGGUGGGAGCCACGAGGGUUCAUGGGGGGCUCAGUAUCCUGAGUAUCAACAGCCCAUGGCAGGCCCAGAAGCUUUCCCUCAGAGUUAUUAUAAUGAGCCAUAUUACCAAGGCCCUAACCCUGAGCUGACAGAAGCUGAAGAGCCUGGCCAGUCUGCCCUGUUUGAUGAUGAAGCGUUCAUGAGGCUGCAAGGGAAGAGGAACAGAGGUAAAGAGGAGGUGAAGUUUCUAGAGAUCAAAGGAGAUGACCAGCUGAGUGGAAACCAGCAGUGGAUGACCAAGAGCGUGUCGGAGGAGAAGCAGAACCGGCAGUCCUUCAGCAAGAAAAAAGGAGAACAGCCUACAGGACAACAGCGACGCAAGCAUCAGAUUACAUAUCUCAUUCACCAGGCAAAGGAGCGUGAGUUGGAACUGAAGAAUAAUUGGGCGGAUAACAAGCUAACCCGCCGGCAGACACAGGCAAAAUACGGUUUCUAAAUGUCAUACUGUGGACUCUUACAGACAUGAUGAAACUCCACUCCGAAUUUAGAGUAGAGCUGUCCAGAUUUCCCAGAACAACCGGACGUGUUUAGAGAGAAACUAUAUGAACCCUCAUUCAGAUUUUUUCCCCUCCCCUCCCUCUUACCCUCCCCUCCUGUAUUUGUGUUAAAAUGUUCUUUUGGUCAGCUGUUUUAUAAGGUGUUAUACUUCCUCUUACAUAUAGGUGCUGUACCUACAUUACAAUGUCAUGUUUUUAAGGUACCUCUGGCCAGGGAAUAUGUCACGUGACCCUGAAGUGGCCAAUAUAAACGCUCUCCUUUGAAUGCGUAUGUUUCUUUUCAUACAGUAGACUUUGAUGUAUGAACCCUCUUUUUUUGUGUUAAAUGACUCAACAAAAACAUGUUUGGUUCUUCAGCAAUCAUCCGAGGGUAAGUCAAAUACUCUUGUUCAUAAGCAGAAAUGAACUGGAGUCAUGUAAGAAACCCUGAAUCAACAACUUCAAAAUAUAGAGAAUAUUUCAGGUUUUACAUGUCUGUUUUUGUGAAAGAUGUUUCAACUUUUAAUUGGGGUUUUUUUCUCCAGAUUUUUAACGUCAGAAUUUCAGCUGUCGAGUUAAAAGUUCAAUUAAUGAAUCGUAAGGGAACCAAACAUGUAUUUCCUGUGUUUGAGAGUCUGAUAGUUCUGAAGCUACCAUCUGAUUUUUAACAUCAGUUUUAACCUGAUUGCAUCCAUUACACAUCUUAAAAGUCCUGUUGUUUUUUCUGGAGUCCCAAUUACUGAUUUUUUUUAAUCACCUUUCAUAUUGGUUCAAAUGGUGAAAUCCUGCAAAACGUCUGACUUUUAGAACAAUGCUUUCUCUUAUAAGGCUGUAGAUAUUAAUCUUGUUUUAACUUUUUCUUUAUAAAAGAAAAUUAGCCUUUUAAAUAAAUGCCCGUUAUUUAAGUACUGACACUUCAUCUUCCACUCUCUUCGUGUAGGAAAUAGAACAUCAAUGUGUACUCAUGAGCCAGGUUGCCUAUUUGUAAAAUAUGUCAUCAUUACACAUGAGCUAACGGAGGGCUCUAAUAGUAAAAUAAAUGGCUACAUGUGGA